UUUAUUUGCAGAUCAGGUCCCGCCCUCAGAUCAGAGUCCCGACUGUACUUAGAGCCUGUGCAAAGCUACCAUCCAGGCAGUGUCAGUGUGACCAGUGCAAAGAAGACCCCAGAUCCCUGUACACAGUGCACUAUGGCCUGGUGGAAAACGAGCGCUGCAGGGAGAGACCCUAACCCUGACCUCAGCAGCGAGAGGAGAAGCCCUUCCUUCAAUGUGGAGGCCCUUACUAACAUUCUGGAUGGAAGUGUGGAGGAGACUCGCUUUAGGAGAACAGUAGUGGGCGCCAUUAUCAAGGACCCUGUCUUCAGCCGAGAAUAUCUGUACUUCAAGACCCGCUCUGAGAGAUAUGAAGGAGCCGUCAGGAACACUUUCCACUUGAAGAAGAUGAUGAAGGAAAUGGGAUGGGAUGAAAACGGCCCGGAAAUUGAACUAAUUUACAGGGCGCUAGGAGGAGAAAUUGGUCUUAAUAUACAUAAUGUGUUUGUGAAAUCAAUCAGCGCCCUGGGCAACGAUGAGCAAGUUGCUAAGUGGUUGCCCCUCGCACAAAAUUAUAAAAUCAUAGGAACCUACGCACAGACUGAACUAGGACAUGGAACAUAUCUGCGGGGUUUAGAGACCACGGCCACGUUUGACCCUUCCACCCAGGAAUUUAUAAUAGACACUCCCCAGAUUACAGCAACAAAAUGGUGGCCAGGAGAUUUAGGAAAAACCAGCACUCAUGCUUUGGUCCUAGCUCAGCUAUAUAGCAACGGAAAUAAAUACGGCAUGCAUCCGUUCAUAGUCCAGGUCCGAAGUCUUGAGGACCACUCUCCACUCCCAGGAAUAACUGUCGGGGACAUUGGACCUAAGAUGUCCUUUGAGAACAUUGACAAUGGAUUCCUCAUAAUGAGAAAUAUUCGCAUCCCUAAGGAAAACAUGUUAAGCAGAUAUUCACAGGUUCUGCCUGAUGGCUCCUAUGUUAAACGUGGAUCUGACAAGAUGAACUAUUUCACCAUGAUCGCUGUGAGGGUCAACAUGCUCCAACGCGAGGUUCUGGAUGCUCUGAUGAAAGCCUGUACCAUCUCUGUCCGAUAUUCUGCUGUGAGACGCCAGUCAGAGCUAAAACCAGGGGACAAAGAACCAAAAAUCCUUGAGUACCAAACUCAGCAACAAAAACUUUUGCCCCUCGUGGCUACGUGUUAUGCUGUCAGUUUUACAGCAAAAUAUGUGAAUACAUUUUACCACGACGUGUACAGUGAGAUUAAGAAGGAGAACUUUAACACUCUUCCUGAGCUCCAUGCCCUUACAGCCGGAAUGAAGGCUUUCGCAACAGAAGUCUGCUCAAAUGGAGUAGAAGUUUGCCGCAAGGCAUGUGGGGGCCACGGCUAUUCCCUUUACAGUGGUUUACCCUCUCUCUACACCAAAGUGACUGCUUCGUGUACUUACGAAGGGGAGAAUACCGUCCUGCACUUGCAAACUGCAAGAUUUUUGAUCAAAUGUUUUACUGGUGCCCAGUUGGGGAAACCAUUACCAGCCAGUACAGCCUAUCUAUCCUCUCCAGGGGCUGUUGGAUGCAAGGCCAUGAGACCUGCUGACUUCCUGAAUCCGGAGGUGUACCUGAAGGCAUAUGAGUAUAGGGCAUACAGUUUAGUCAAAUCCGCAGCAAAUAAAAUCGAGAGCUUUGUGAAAUCGGGGGCUGAGCAAUACCUGGCGUGGAACAGCACCUCUGUGGAGCUUGUGAAAGCCUCAAUAGCUCAUUCCCACUACUUAACCGUGAAGAUUUUCGUCUCGGCUCUGAAUUCGCUGUCCGAUGAGCCUGACAUUAAAGCUGUUCUGAAGCGGCUGUGUGACCUGUACGCAUUGCACGGAAUAUUCACAAGUGCUGGUGAUUUCUUACAACAUGGCUACCUGUCGGGGAAACAGCUGGACAUGGUCACCACUGCUUACCUCGGCCUCUUGGCUGAGCUCCGGAAAGACGCAGUUCUACUUGUUGAUGCCUUUGAUUACACAGAUGAAGAGUUAUUAUCGGCCCUGGGGAGCUAUGAUGGCCACGUGUAUCAUAACCUGCUUGAGUGGGCUCAGAAAAAUCCGGAGAACAAGAAGGUGACUCCAGUGUUUGAGACUUACCUGAAGCCUCACCUGCAAAGCAAUCAAUCCAAAUUAUGAAGAGGACAUUCCCACAAGACCCAGAUGCCACAUUACGUGAUUAUAACGUGUGCUCUUUUCCUGUUUUCACACCUCAGGGAUGGUUUUUAUAAAGUUUUUAGUCACUGAUAAGAAUCUCAAGGAAUUAAUGGUAGAGCGAAACUAUGUCUGAGGCCUCAUCUCGGCUGCCGUCAAUCAAUGUCUGGAAGAAAAGCCAUUAAUCUGAACUGUAAAUGUAAACUUCUACAGAAGAUCACGAUGUCAGCUAGAGAAGAGAUUGACCAGAAAUGGUGCAUGUGAAGAGUGGAGAAGCGGCAGCUAGUUGCCUCUUUCCUCUCUAAAUCUCCUCUGUCCUCUCUGUAGCUGAAACAGAGUCUCUUAGAAACGGAACUUCUUGUCUUUCCCCCAUCUACUAACCUACCUAAGGCCUCAAGCUCACAACCGUAUCCAUUUUGUGGUCUGCAAAUCGUUGAUCCUGUCAAUGUGUCAUCUGCACCUUUUUUGCGGACCCGCUGACUUCACUGGGUCCGUGGUCCGCAUUUUGUGGACAUAUUCUAUCUUUUUGCAGAACGGACAUAUGGAUGCAGAAGGCAAAUUAACGAUCGUGUGCCUUCCACAUCUGUAGGUCCAUUCCACGAAAGGAUAGAACAUGUCUUAUACUUGGCUGCAAAAAAUGCGGAUGCAACAAAGAUAGUAUCUGUAUUUUGCGGAUCUGCAAUUUGCAGAGUGCAUGAGGCCUAAACCUAAUAAUUCAGUUUCAGUCUGUGGCACAAUCGUAACUCCUGGGCAGCAUGCCUACUGUCUUGGGGUUAUGUGUGACUCAGAUAUUUCCUUUGCUUCCAAUAGUCAAUCACUUGUCACCUGCACCUUAAGAACAUCUCCAGAAUCCGCCCUUUUCUCAUUGUGGAAACGGCCAAAACUUCUCACCCACAAAGCUCUCCACAGUGCUGCACCUCCUUACAUCUCCUCCUCUCUGAUGUCCAUCUACCACCCUUCUUCUGCUCUCUAUUCUGCCAAUGAUCUAAGACUAACAUCCUCCAUAAUUCGAACCUCUGUCUGGUCUUCAAGACUUUUCUCAAGCUGUACCUGCUUUCUAGAAUGCAUUGUUCCGGACAUUCAGGUUGAUGCUCAACUUUCUUUGCUUGAAACGUGCCUUAAAAAACAUU